CUACUUUCUCCUCUAUCCUGCGGCCACGGAGGCUGAAGACGAACCUGAACUUCAGCUCUAUUUCUCAUGCAGAGGCUGUUUCCGGUUCUUCCGGUCGCCCUGGUCUGACUUCAUUCAUUCAUUCACCACAAAAGAAGAACGGGAGGGUCUGGGUCUGUGUGGCUGCUGGACUUGAUAUGGCUUCUGCAUGGGAAAGUCUCCUCUCUGUGCACCAGAGAAUUGUGGACAAUGGAGAUAAGAGGACAGACCCGUGGCUGCUGGUCUACUCCCCGGUCCCCGUGUCUAUCAUCUUCCUGCUCUACCUGUGUGUGGUCUGGCUCGGCCCUCGUCUGAUGAAACACAGGCAACCUGUUGACCUCAGAGUCGUUCUCAUUGUUUACAACUUCGCCAUGGUCGGCCUGUCUGCCUACAUGUGCUAUGAGUUCCUGGUCACAUCCUGGCUCUCAAACUACAGCCUCCUCUGUCAGCCUGUAGACUACAGCACCAACCCACUCCCAAUGAGGAUGGCCAGAGUCUGCUGGUGGUUUUUCUUCUCUAAAGUCAUCGAGCUCAGCGACACGCUCUUCUUCAUCCUGAGGAAGAAGAACAGUCAGGUGACCUUCCUUCAUGUUUACCAUCACGCCACCAUGAUCUUCAACUGGUGGGCAGGAGUCAAGUAUGUGGCAGGAGGACAGUCGUUCUUCAUCGGCCUGGUCAACACUUUUGUCCACAUUGUGAUGUAUUCAUACUACGGCCUGGCUGCCAUCGGCCCUCACAUGCAAAAGUACCUGUGGUGGAAACGUUACCUCACGUCUCUGCAGCUGGUUCAAUUCCUGCUGUUCCUCUUCCACACAGGCUACAACCUGUUCACAGAGUGUGACUUCCCUGACUCCAUGAAUGUGGUUGUGUUCGGUUACUGUGUCACUCUUAUCAUCCUCUUCAGUAACUUCUACUAUCAGAGCUACCUCAACAAGAAGAAGCAGAAAUAAGACACUUUAUGAAGGAGCAGCCGGUGUCUGCAGUACUUAAGAGCCUCCACUAGAGGGUGCAACAUGACCACAGGCUGGAGGUUUCACUCAAAGCAAGCCGCAAGAACUUCAAGCUUUUUAUGUUUAAUAGAGCGGAGAAUGCAUCCUCAUGAUCAUACAAUUAUUUAUUACAUAAUAGAGAAACAACAAACAUUCAAAUGACUGCUGUAAACAAACUGUACAUUUUUUACAUACAAUAAUAAUAAAGUGGGAUUCUCUGCAUUUUGCUGAAUUAAAGAGUCAGACCCUCCUCCAGAGAUAAAUCCAAAUAACAAAAACAAUUAACAACAAAAUACGGAAAUUCAAACAUUUUUUUCACUAUUGAAACGACACAGCAAAAUGAUAUAUUUUUUCUACACUUCAGUCUGAAAAAUGAAAGAUGGAGAUGAGGGGAGAAAAAAACAGGAAGAGGAGGGAGAGGGCUGCUUUUGUAUAAUUUUUAUACAGAGGCUGAAAAAAAUUGAUUAUUUGAGCCUGAAAUUAUGAAUUUCCACAGUAGCCAAAUUAUAUUCCUUUAAAACGAUUAAUACCUCUUGACCAAAGAAAGAGUCCGAACAGAUCGUAAAAGCACUAGGGGUACAUAUUUUAAAAAAUUUUUUAGCUCGACUCAUAAGACAAGGAGAUUUCAAUGUAAUUAUUUAGCUUCUGUCAUUCAUUAAAGUUUUAGUUGAAAUUGUAAUUUAUUUUUUCUACAAAGUACGUAAAGUUUCUGUAUCCCUGUGGUUCCAAAGCUGUGGUUCAGGGCUCUCAUGCUGAACUGAAAGACAAAAGCCCUGUCAGGGGUUUCUCCCAUUACAGUUAACUAAUAUAAAAAAGUGAGGACCUCCUGGAGAAAGAUCGAACAAGAAUGAUACAGCGGAGUUUGAGACAGUAAAUAGAUCAGGCCAAGUUCUACCAACACUGGAUCCUACAAUUCCCAUAAUGCAACUCAGACUAUUUUUAAAACCCUCAAUGCCUGGUUAAUGACCACGUAGUCCUCUGCAGGUUUGAAACACAGGUGUCCUGUCUCAGCUAUGAAAUAUGUCAGGUGAAUUCCAGUAAUCAUGGAAUCACUGAUAAUUUUCUAAAAGGAGAAAAUUCAUAAACCAGAUUUACAUUAAUUUAUUAUCCCUUUUACAGACUAGAGAAUCAGGAUAAUUUGUUUAUUGUCACAAAACUUUGCACAAUUUUUGUGAAUGAGUCCAUAUUUGUCCCUGGGUAAAUGUCAAAGAUACAAUGAGUAAGAACCAAACUUUGUGGCUAAACUUGUCAUAUUCAAAGAUGUAGGAAGUGUCGAAGAGAUAAUUUUGUAAGGGGCACAAGUAAAGAUUUAAAUAAUCUCCAUGGAUGAUUACAAAUUGGAUUUGUAACAAUUUAGAGCCAGGUGAGAAAUGUACAAACAGCAGAGUUUGCCUGUUUCAUCCUCCAGGUUUUCCCGGUGUGUUGUCAUGCCUGUGGAA